AUGCUGACAAAAUUAUUAUAUGCCCUCUCUUUCAUUUCGCUGGCACACGCAUGGACUUUUCUAUACACUAACGCUACAAACAAUGCCACAAUCCUCCAUGAAUCUGGCACGGUGAACUGCACCAAGAUCGACCUUGCAAAGGGAAAGGAAUUUUCAUGGGAUCCUGAAGACGCAGAUCUCUGUAUCUCUAUUUACUACGACAAAUCAUGCACCUCUCGCGGGGGGCUUUCAUGCAACGCGUGGAAAAAGGAUUCGGGAAACAGCUACGAAAGCAUCCAAAUAUUCACAAAUGAUGAUACUGCUUCAGCUUCAGCCUCGAUAUCAUCUAGUCCGACUCCAACUUCAAUAACCUCCUCCAUUUCUAUGUCUCCUACGUUGUCGGCUACAAAUACCUCGACGGCGCAUGCAUCAUCCUCGAGCUCGAGCUCGAGCUCGUCUAAUCCAUCUCUUUCUGGUGGUGCAAUUGCUGGAAUCGUCAUUGGGGUCAUCGCAGCCGUGCUGAUAAUAGGAAUUAUCCUCUUCUAUGCAGGCAGGCGAAAUCGCAGAAUUGUCCCAGCCGAUCCUUUUCCUGUGCAGUCUCUCCAUAAGCCUACUCUAUCCGAUAUGCAAACCGCAAUGCCACCACAUGAAUUCGCUUUCGCUAGUUCUGAAAAGACACCCCCUCCAUCCCGUGGUCGUCCAAUUCCUGGAUCUAAGUUGGUUGAACUGCCGGGUAGUCCCAAAAGUGCUGAGUUGGAAAAUAGUCCCGUGGGCGGGAUGGGAGCGGAUGCGGCCAAUCUGAAGUUCAAUCAUUUUUAG